AUGGCAGCAACCAAUAGUGCGUUCCGAACAGAAACAAGAGAUGAGCAUCUUUACAAUCACAUAGAGUUGUUCAAUAGGUCGUCUUCACCAAUCGAUGCUCCAGCAGCAAACCGUUGCCAAGAUUGCAGAGAGCGACAACCGACAGAAAAUCAGAUCGCGACAGGUCGGCGUAUGUUCGGUGAUUACAGAACAGAACCCAGCAAUGAACACCUUUACAAUAACAUACAGUCAAUCAAUAAGCCGUCUUCACCCGCCACGGAAAGCCAAGCAGCAAACCAAACCUCCCAAGAUGACAGAAGACGGCAACAACCAACAGGAAAUAGUAAGACAAUGGGUCGGCGUGUGUCAUCUGCUAUGAUGGCGGUUUUGGCCUUAGCAUUCCUGGCCAUGCUUGGUUCAUUGAUAGCAACGGCGAUGGUACACGUCAUGAAGAGUGGAACAAACGGUAAUUUUUUAGAUAGAUAUAAAAUGACUUUUAGUAACUGUAGAAGGCGUAAAGUUCGAAAUCGGAGUCGAGCUUUGGCUUGCUACCGCGGUACUUAGUCGAAUUUGGCUGAUUUUUGAUACACUCUUUUUUUUUAUAAGAAUGUUGUUUUUCCGGCCCAGGCUGAAUAUUCUUAUUUUUCUGCCGAUUUUAGGCUGAAAAUAUUCUUGUAUUAUUCUUAAAUUAUAGCUUAUGACAUUUCCGUUUUAGAAUUUAUUGGGGUAUAUGUACAUGUAUUACAUGAACCGUUCAUCGAACUGUCAUUAGCGUUGAACAUUUUGGUAUAGCUAGUGCAGGUUUUUUCGUAUGGUGGCUAGUUUCGCCGUUCAGAGAAGGGAAUAAUUUUAUACGGUUAAGUUAAAAACAUAAAAUUGUAUUGUAUUUACAGAUGUUUCAACAGACAAAAUUAUAUCUAUCCUUUUCAAAAUCUCAGCCUCGGCUUUAUUCUUAAAAUAUUCUUAAAAUUUCGCAAAUUUCAGCCUCGAUAUUCUUAUAAAAUAUAUUCUUAUAAAAAAAAAGAGUGUAUAUAUAUACUCUUGAAAUGGUGUCCCAAAUAUUGUAUUGAUAGUUUUAGGUGCGAAUUCUCUUUACUUUGAAAGAUUUUGAGGAGUCCUUGAGGGGCCGCCAUUGGUGAAUGAAAGAGUUCACUUAAAAUUGAAGAAAUUAAUAGUCUUAGCCUUUACUCAGUAAAAGGAUCGUUUCGGUGAGUAAAAGCUAGUAAAAUACGGAACUAUGUUUUUCGGUCUAUAAUUAGUGUAAUUAUCUAGGGCUGAUUUAAACACACGGUCUGAAACGAGACCUAGCGUGGGUUGAAAAAGGCAUUUGAUUGGGCUCUUUUUGGUUUAAAUUGUGCUCAAAUGGCUCCAGGAGAGGCUGAAUCGGCAGACUUGGGCCUGCGUGGGUGA